AUGAAUAUUGAACGAGAAUCUUUACUGAAGAGUUAUGGCCGCGACUGGGGCGCUUGCUUGGAGGACGAGCCCCCCCAGAUGGAGUACAGCUUCCCCGAGCUCCCCCCUGGUGCCAUGUACGACGCCGACCACCAGUGCCGCCUCAGCUUCGGCGCCGGUGCCACCCACUGCGAGGGCAUCGAGGGCACCGAGAGGAUCUGCCAGACGCUGUGGUGCCACCUGGACAACCGCUGCAUCACGCGCAUGGAGCCGGCGGCCGAGGGCACCCACUGCGGGAAGCACAAGUGGUGCGUGAUGGGGCGCUGCGUGACCAUGGGCGAGCGUCCUGCGGCCAUCAACGGCGAGUGGGGGUCGUGGUCCAGCUGGUCGCAGUGCACGCGGUCCUGCGGCGCCGGCACGCAGAUGGCGGAGCGGCACUGCGACAACCCCGCGCCCGCCAACGGAGGCCGCUACUGCACGGGCGACCGCAAGCGAUACCGCAUCUGCAACACGGAGGACUGUCCCGAAAAUGGAGUGAGUUUCCGGGCUCAGCAGUGUUCCAAGUUCAACUCCGUGCCGUACAAGGGCGCCAACCAUACCUGGCAACCGGUCAUGCAACAUCACGCCCCAUGUGAGCUGCAGUGUAAACCGGACAAUGAAUUCUACAGUGUUAAGUUAGAAGAGAUUGUAGCGGACGGUACCCCUUGUAAACUCGGCACACGGGAUAUGUGCAUUAACGGCAUGUGUCGUCGCGUGGCGUGCGACUGGACCAUCGAGGGGUCGGCGCAGAUGGACCGCUGCGGCCUCUGCCACGGCGACGGGACGCAGUGCAUCACGUACCGCGGCCUCUUCAACGAGACGCGAGGCAUCGGGUACGUGCACGCGGCCACGUUCCCCGAGCACGCCAGGAACGUCAAAAUACGGGACGUGGACGACGCGGCGAACUACCUCGCCCUCAGGAACAACCUCAGGGAAUACUUCCUCAACGGCAACUGGAUGAUCAAAUGGUCCGGAGAGUACUUCUACGAGGGGACGAUGGUCUACUACAACAGGGAAGGGGAAACGGAAGAGCUGUUCCUGCCGGGACCUCUUAAGAUUCCCCUCACGCUGCUGCUGUUGUUCCAGACGGAGAACCCGGGCGUGGAGUGGGAGUACACGCUGCCCAGGGAAAACGCGACCUAUAUCCCAUCCUUCGCCUGGAAGCACUCUGACUGGUCCGUGUGUACAGUCACCUGCGGAGGCGGCAAGCAGCUGUCGCGUGUGCAGUGCAUGGAGAAGGAGGCGGGCCUGGUGGAGGACCGCUACUGCCAGGACCAGCCGCGCCCCGACGACCGGUCCCGGGAGUGCAACAUCCACGCGUGCCCCGCCUGGUGGUGGUCGGGCCGCUGGCAGCCCUGCAGCGUCACCUGCGGCAGCGACCGAGGCACGCGCAGGAGGACCGUCAUCUGCGUCAGGUCCUUCGGCCCGACGGAGCAGAUGGCGCUGCUGGACUCCGACUGCGACAUCGGCGACAAGCCUCACGAGACGGAAGUUUGCCCCGAACUGCCGCCGUGCCCCAAGAUGGUGGACUGGAGCGUCGGCCCCUGGAGCCAGUCCUGCUCGCUCGACCCGUGCGAGUUUGAGCAGCGAGAGGUUGCGUGCGUGGCGCCGGAAGGGAAGUGCGAUCCCUUCACACGACCAGCAGAACGGCGACAGUGCGGGAACAUCACCUGCGGCCACUGGGACGUCGGGGACUGGUCCAAGUGCUCGGCGGAGUGCGGCGAGGGCGUCCAGUUCCGGCGGGUGACCUGCGUGGGCGGCCUGGCGUGCCGCGAGAAGGACGAGCCAAAGAGCGUGAGGGAGUGCGAGGGUGACUGCCGUGAGCCGGAGGAGGAGACUUUGCCCGAGUACGAGUACGAAGGCACGAAGCUCGAGGACGACAUGGUCGGGGAGACUCUGCCGGAGUACGAGCCUAGCGACGGCUGGAGGGGGACGACGCUGCCAGAAUAUACGCUGCCCGAAUAUACUGAGGUAGAGCCGGUAACUCUGCCGGAGUAUGAGGAUAAAGAAAGCAAGGGAGAUGAAGGGACAAAGAGCACUAAGGAGAAGGAGAUAAUCAAAGGAGAGGGAGAUAUAAAUGUGAAGGAAGAGAACGAGGAUAAGGAAAAAGAAGAGGGUGUUGAACGAGAGCCAAAUGAA